AUGACUGGCCUUGACAUGUUCUUAUCAGAUGUCAGCCGGGAAGAAAAACGCACAGUUUCACCAAUUAGAGUAAUUAUCAGUUCGCUUCGGCAAAGACUAGUAUUUUAUUGGAGCCUCUCCGGAACCCGCUCCAUUGCUUCACUCCCCUUUGACACCGGACACAUUUUUUCAGCUCUUAAUGAUAACCUUGAAACGGAGAAUCAAACGGAGACUGACAGGAAGAUAAGUGAUCUUCGCAGCUCUCCUCCGUUUCUCAGGUCUGGAGCUCUCAGCGCGUGGGUACUCUCUAAUACACUGUCACUAUUCCCACGGCUUAGGCGGAGUAUCCUUACUGUCUACGACACGUCUAUAUCAACGAGCUGGAGGAGUAUGGUUGAUGUGUGGCAUUGGCUUCGCAUAGGGAGCCUUAGUUCGUAUCUCUGCUCUACGCAAUUGGCAUCCAGAUCUGGUCUGCACUUAUCUCAGAGCCCUUUCAGGUGGAGUUCAGGAUCUUCCUAUUCCAAUUUAUUACCGCUGAUCAGCGACCUUCCUAAACACACCAUGGCGUUGACACGCGGAAGCUCCACAUGA